UGUUUACUGAUCCUCUCUCAGGUAAUUUGUCCCCGAUGCAGUACCGUAGCACUCUUCAGAGUAGGGAGUGGGAAGAGAGAAAAAAAUAGUAGAGGAAAGGGUGUUGUGUGUGUGUUUAUAUAUACAGACACUUGCUAUAAAGGGACGUCAUAGCCGACCAUACAGACGAACAGGGCUAACGUUACCAAAACAUGGCGAGGAAAUAGUUUAUGCACUAUAUGUGUCGGGAAAUUACUUGGAUGGUAUCAACUAUACUCCUAACUAAAGUAUAUAUUUAGAAGUACGAACCAGCUCCAAUUCGUACAAUUGGGUCCGUACAGAAACUGCUUGUUUUUUUUCCACCGUCGGUACAGGCAUUGCAAGGCGCGAUCAGUGUCAACGCGAAAGGAAUGAAAGUUUGUGUUCAGAUAUCGAAUGUCGGACAUUCGUCGUAGCUAGCUGGCUAGCUAACUACAUAUCAUAUACUGAGCGCGCCAUUUGCUUGAUACUUCAUUUGUGGAACAUUUGAAGUCUAUGCAGGACGGAAAUUGCGAGAAGCUAUAAUGCAAGCUUCAAAAUAAAUCUUAUUUUUGAUUUGUGCGUGGGUAGCUAGCUAGCUAGAUAACGUUCUCAGCCUGACAGCUCUGCUGCGGACUACCUUUGCUUUGUAUUAUUGCGCUGUUAUUUAGCCAGCAGCUAGCUAUCUAGCUACUUAUUCUAACUUUUGUUUCAUCUCACAAACAUAAUUGUAUCGUGUAGUUAAAAUUCAAAGUAUCUGUCGACGACCUCGUUCGAAUUGUCAUGCAACAUACGCACCAAUAUUCCCAAAAUGAACGCAUAGAGUGCAGCACAAGAUUGGGUCUCUGUCACGCAAUGGGACUAGCUUGCUAGCUAACUGCGUUUCGCCUUGCCGUUUUUGCGUCCGGUUGUUUAUGUUAGUUAGCUAUCUAGCUACUGUAAGUUAGCAAGUCAAGUCUCAUAAGGUACCCCCAUAUCUGUCUGAUUGGGACCUGACAGCGCAAGACACAGCUAAAUUAAACAUUGGGCCACCUGGAUUUUCUACUGGCUGCUACUUUUUGUGCUAAUUUACUACUUUUGCCAGUAUGUCCGAAAACGCCCCCACACGAAGCUUGGAUGACAUCGACCUCGCAGCUUUGAGGGACCCAGCAGGGAUCUUUGAGCUGGUGGAGGUGGUGGGCAAUGGGACUUAUGGACAGGUGUACAAGGGGCGUCACGUUAAGACGGGCCAGCUGGCUGCCAUCAAGGUAAUGGACGUGACAGAGGAAGAAGAGGAAGAGAUCAAGGCUGAGAUCAACAUGCUGAAGAAGUAUAGCCAUCACCGCAAUAUUGCCACCUACUACGGAGCAUUCAUCAAGAAGAGCCCACCUGGACACGAUGACCAUCUCUGGCUGGUGAUGGAGUUCUGUGGGGCGGGCUCUGUGACAGACCUGGUGAAGAACACCAAGGGCAACUCUCUGAAGGAGGACUGGAUCGCUUACAUCUGCAGAGAGAUCCUCAGGGGCCUCUCGCACCUCCACCAACACAAGGUCAUCCACAGAGACAUCAAGGGCCAGAACGUGCUGCUGACGGAGAAUGCAGAGGUCAAACUCGUGGACUUUGGGGUGAGUGCUCAGCUGGACAGGACCGUUGGGCGCAGGAACACCUUCAUCGGCACGCCUUAUUGGAUGGCCCCUGAAGUCAUCGCCUGUGACGAGAACCCUGACUCCACCUAUGACUACAGGAGUGAUAUCUGGUCCCUGGGGAUCACAGCCAUAGAGACGGCAGAGGGAGCUCCUCCUCUGUGUGAUAUGCACCCUAUGAGAGCUCUGUUCCUCAUCCCGAGGAACCCCCCUCCCAAACUCAAGUCCAAGAAGUGGUCUAAGAAGUUUAUAGACUUUAUUGAGGGCUGCCUGGUGAAGACGUACACCAGCCGGCCAUCCACAGAGCAGCUCCUGAAGCACUCGUUCAUCCGGGACCAGCCCACGGAGCGCCAAGUCCGCAUCCAGCUCAAAGACCACAUUGACCGCACACGCAAGAAGAGGGGAGAGAAGGAGGAGACAGAGUAUGAGUACAGUGGCAGUGAUGAGGAGGAUGAGAACCGUGGGGAAGACGGAGAGUCCAGUACCUCCAUCCUGAAUGUGCCUGGUGAGUCGACAUUGAGGCGGGACUUCCUGCGUCUGCAGCAGGAGAACAAGGAGCGGUCGGAGGCUCUGAAGAGACAGCAGGCCCAGCUGGCUGCCCAGCGCCGAGACCCAGAGGAACACAAGAGACAGCUGCUGCACGACCGACAGAAACGCAUCGAGGAGCAGAAAGAACAGCGCCGCCGCCUGGAAGAGCAACAGAGAAAAGAGCGAGAGAUGGUGAGACAGCAAGAAAAGGGCCCCCAUCGGAGACUUGACGAUAUAAGGAGGGAGGAGGAUAGGAGGCUGGCCGAAAGGGAGCAGGAGUACAAGCGUAAGCAGCUGGAAGAGCAGAGGCAGUCGGAGCGUCUGCAGAGGCAGCUGCAGCAGGAGCAUGCCUACCUGGUGUCCCUGCAGCAGCAGCAACAGGACAAGAAGCCCCAGCCCCUCUACCACUACAGCAAGAACGUGGAGCCCAACAAUAAGCCUGCCUGGGCCAGAGAGGUGGAGGAGCGCAGUAAGCUCAACAGGCAGGGCUCCCCCAAAAUCUGCACCACUGUCUCUGACACUGCCAUCCAAUCACGCUCCGACUCCAUCAGCCAAUCCGGAGGGGGCCAGGCUGCUCAGACCCCGCCUAUGCAGCGGCCUGUUGAACCUCAGGGGGGGCAGGGCAAGUUCCAGAUGGCCCACUUGGUCCCGCUCAAGCCCUACGCUGCCCCUGUCCCCCGCUCCCAGUCCCUGUGUGACCAGCCCACUAAGACCAUGUCCGCCUUCCCCACCCAGGAUCCCUCCCCCACCCCCCGCCCCGUCCACUCCAGGGAGCUGGUCCGACAGAACUCUGACCCCACCUCCGAGAGCCCCGCCCCACAGCCUCGCAAAAGGGAGGACCGCGGCCCCUGGAUCCGCCUGCCAGAGAUCGAACAGCCGCCAAAGAUUCCCCAGAGGACAGCCUCCAUUGCCACAGCUCUCAACACCAACCUCUCCUCUGGCAUCAGGCAUCCAGUCAGAGCCAGCAACCCAGACCUCAGCCGCAACGACCGUUGGGAGAGAGGAGAUAGCAUGAACCUUGUGUCCAGUCUACCCCAGACUGGCUCUCUGGAGAGGCACCGGAUACUCAGCUCCUCCAAAAUAGACUCCCCCAUACUAGGCCAUGAUGGGCGCAUGAUGGGGCACAAGCCAGGGGAGUCUCGCACCUCGUCCCGCCCCAGUCGCCCUGCUAGUUACAAGAGAGCUAUAGGAGAGGACCAUGGACUGUAUGCUAAAGAGCGUCCUGAGGAGCAGCCCAGACCGCCGGUGAAGGCCAACGACUACUCCUCAUCCUCAGAAGGCAGUGAGAGCAGUGAGGAGAGUGAGAGUGGAGAGGGGAAUGAGGAGGACAGCCCCACAGACCGUCCCAGGGAUGCAGACACUGACUCGGUCAACACCAUGGUUGUUCAUGAGGAGGAGGGCGAGGGAGGGGAGGAGGGGCAGGCUGGAGUCUACAGGGACCAGACCAUGCUGGUGCAGAGGACACCAGAGAAGCGGAGCCACAAUGGAUACACCAACCUGCCUGACGUGGUGCAGCCCUCCCACUCCCCCACUGACUCAGCCUCCCACUCCUCCCCUGGGAAAGACUCUGUCUAUGAUUAUCAGUCUAGGGGUCUAGUCAAGGCGUCAAGUGGCAAGUCCUCCUUCACCACCUUUGUUGACCUGGGCAUGUACCAGCCACCAGGUGACACUGCGGAUGCCAUCUCUGUGGGCAGCCUGGGCUCCAGAUUUGAGCAGCUGAAGAUGGAGGUGAGGAAAGGCUCCAUGGUGAAUGUGAACCCCACCAACACACGCCCCCACAGCGACACCCCUGAGAUCCGCAAGUACAAGAAGAGGUUCAACUCUGAGAUCCUAUGUGCUGCUCUCUGGGGUGUGAACCUGCUGGUUGGGACAGAGAACGGUCUGAAGCUGCUGGACCGUAGUGGUCAGGGGAAGGUCUACCCCCUCAUCAACUCCCGCAGGUUCCAACAAAUGGAUGUCCUAGAGGGACUGAACCUGCUUAUCACCAUAUCAGGUAAGAAGAACAAGGUGCGUGUGUACUACCUGGCCUGGCUGAGGAACAAGAUCCUCCACAAUGACCCGGAGGUGGAGAAGAAGCAGGGCUGGACCACUGUAGGGGAGAUGGAGGGAUGUGUGCACUACAAAGUGGUGAAAUAUGAGAGGAUCAAGUUCCUGGUGAUAGCUAUGAAGAAUGCUGUGGAGGUAUAUGCCUGGGCUCCCAAGCCUUAUCACAAAUUCAUGGCCUUCAAGUCAUUUGGUGACCUGCCCCACAGGCCCCAGUUGGUAGACCUCACAGUGGAGGAAGGUCAGAGGUUGAAGGUCAUCUACGGCUCCAUUGCUGGCUUCCACGCCAUCGACGUGGACUCUGGGAACAACUAUGACAUCUACAUCCCAGUGCAUAUCCAGUCCCAGAUAAUGCCCCAUGCCAUCGUGUUCCUGCCCAGCUCGGACGGCAUGGAGAUGCUGCUGUGUUACGAGGACGAGGGCGUCUACGUCAACACCUACGGACGCAUCAUCAAAGAUGUGGUGCUGCAGUGGGGCGAGAUGCCCACCUCCGUUGCCCAUAUCUGCUCUAACCAGAUCAUGGGUUGGGGAGAGAAGGCCAUAGAGAUCCGUGCUGUAGAGACAGGCCACUUGGAUGGAGUCUUCAUGCACAAGAGAGCCCAGAGGCUCAAGUUCCUCUGUGAGAGGAAUGACAAGGUGUUCUUUGCUUCGGUGCGCUCCGGAGGCAGCAGCCAGGUCUACUUCAUGACCCUGAACAGGAACUGCAUCAUGAACUGGUGAAACAACAUGUCCCAUAGUCAGUGUAUGGAAAUCUCCAGGCCAAGCUAAAGACACUCAAAUCCCCCCACUUACAAGGACACACCACACAGUCACAGACUCAACACAGACUCAACACACACAUACAGCACACACAAGCCUACUGUAAAUCCAUUCCAGCCUAAACUCUUCACGACAAAGUCUAUCUCACCUGCUGACUCCCCUGAACAAAUUUGAGCUCCCUCUGAAAUGGUAGCUACCUAUGAGACAUCACCACAGGAUUAUAAUGUAAUAUCAUCUCUACUGUACUGUAUAUACUUCUCCUUUAUUAUUGUACCUCAGUCACUUGGUGGACCUGUGUUUAGUCGUAACUACUGUAGUUCCUUCUUAUUGGAGGUAUGUUAAAAACAUUCCUUACUGGUGAAAUACGUUUUGAAGAAGGCAGGAUUUAACCAAUAUAAGUCAAUAUUGAAUUGUAAAUAGCUAGUAUCUAAGAUUUUCAAAUGGAAGAGAACAUGGUAAAUUGAAGACACUGGCAGAUGUGUAUAUUACGCCUCCAUUUGGGGUGUUGCCAUGGACCUGAUAUAUAUAUAUGUGUAUAUACACACACAGUGGGGAGAACAAGUAUUUGAUACACUGCCGUUUUUGCAGGUUU